UCACAAGCGAUACGCGCACGCAUCGAGGAAAGUAGAUAAGGUCUACGUAAGCUCAUUCACAGGAUUGUUGCUGAGCUGAGAGUGGUUGUUCAUCCUGUUUAUUUGGUUUAUGCAAGGCGCUUGUGAAAUAUUUUAACUGAAAGUGUUGUGCAGUGAAACAAAGCAACAACAAAUAUGCCUACUAUAAGCAAGGGUUUGUCUAUGUGGUUAUUCGGUCGAACUGCGGUCUUGGAUGACUUCUCGGACCGGCUGAAUCACGUGUGGACUUUCGGGCUGCUGAUUCUAAUCGGUUGUAUUGUGAGCUGGAGACAAAUGUUUGAACACCCGAUACGCUGCUGGUGCCCGCCGGAAUUCACACAUUCAAUGGUGAUUUACACGGAAACCCAAUGUUGGAACAGUUACUAUAUUGUACAUAGAAGGGAUGAAUUUACGUCGUCCAGUUUAGUGCCAUUAUUAGUAAGGGAUUAUACAGAUGCUUCUUCGCAAAUACAAGAAAGCACGACGACCUUCACGCUCUACCAAUGGUUGCCGUUAAUACUUUGUCUUCAAGCCCUUCUGUUCAAGCUGCCCCACAUUUUAUUCUACAUCUUCCAUGUAUAUUCAGGCAUCAGCUUCGAUAAGAUAAGCGACCUAACAGCUGGAUACGAGCAUAAAACCCUCGUCGAGCGUUCUGUUCUUGCAAAACAGGUAGCGCGGUAUGUAAGCAAUUGGUGUAGGCACUUGAGUUGCCUUCCCUGGCGAUGGUUAUCUGUAACAUGGCUGAUCGUAAAAAUCCUGUACGUGGUGAACGUGGUGGAACAACUCGUCCUUGUUCAGCGACUCAUGCGGAUAUCGGAUUCGUUGGGAACAGAUUCCCAGUCAUAUGGCUAUACCAUUAUUAAUAACUUGUUAAGCAAGAACCAAACUAUGUGGAAGUCAUCACCGGCAUUUCCUCGAAAGGUUUUUUGUGAAAUGAAAAUUAGAUACGUACAAAAUGAACAAAUGUAUAUGUUGCAAUGUAAUUUACCCAGCAACACUUUCAACGAAGCUGCCUACGUAUUCAUCUGGGUGUGGCUGCUCUUCGUAACUGUGGUUACCUGUACAAGCCUGGGUACCUGGAUAUUGAGGACAAUCAUACCAGUUCCAAGAAACAGGUACAUCUCUAGAAUGAUGGAACUGAGCGCGAAUUCUUCCUGUACACGGAACGAUGUGGCCCGACUGUCGAGCGACAUAGGAGAGGACGGAGUGAUAGUCCUGAAACUGAUUGCGGCCAACUCCUCCGAGCUGUUUGUCGCUGACGUAGUUCACAACAUGACGGGAACAGUGGACCAGAAACACGAGACCGCGGUGCAUUCGUUGGAAAACCUGUAAUCAAUGGGGUUUUAGUAAUCCAACUUAUAGCAACUGACCCUCCGGGUCACUGUGUGAUGCAGUGUUGAAGGCUUUUUAUACGAUCCCAUUGUCUAGAAUCCGGACGGAACUUCAAACGUCAUGUUUUUUUCGUGAUUGUACACUUAUAUUCUUUGAAGCUGUGCUAACUAUGCAAGUAUAAUAAAUUUGUUAAUUAUUUUUCAAACAAGUCUAAAUCUUUUCAAAUUUGUUUAUCCGUUGCAAUGAAAAACGCAGAACAAAUCUUGUUGAAACCAAAGAAAAACUCAAGCAAAACAGUAAACUGGUUUUGCCUUGGCAGGUGUACCAAUACAAUUUCACAUAACGACGGACUCUUUUAUAUGUUUAAUGAUAGAAUUAUAAUUAUUUCUAACUUUUGGAAAAUUAACAAUCAAUCGUUUUUUAAAUGUAUUACUAUGAAAAAUGUAUUUGGCCGCAAUUCUACUAGAAUAGUUAUUAGUUGGAGGUAAUUGAAACGAAGCUGACUAUACCAUGCAUGAUAUGUUUUUAUUUACUUUUUUGCAACGCUCUGCUCCUCCGUCCCGAAACGAUUCUAUAUCUGCUUGGUGGAUUUCGUUUAUAGAACACAGCUGAAGAUGUAAUCAAUAUAUCCUUGUGUAAACCAGUAUCAACCGUAGUAUAUAUAUGCGAAAAUAAAUGUGUAGGUUAAGAA